AGAUUGCAGUAUCACAGAAGAAGGUUAUAAAGCUCUGGCUUCAGCUCUGAGAUCAAACCCAUCAUACAUGAUAGAGCUGGAUCUCAGAGGAAACGAUCCUGGACAAUUAGGAGUGAAGGAGCUCACUGACUUACUACUGGAUGAAUGCUGUAACUUAAAAAUCAUCAGGUUUCUGAAAAGUCCUGCUGCACAGGAGUCAUGUGAUUUUCUUACUGAAGUUCUGCAUGUAAAUCCAUUAUUACUGACAGAACUGGAUCUGAGUGAGGAUAAAUUAGGAGAUCUGGAUGGAGAGAAACUCUCUGCUUUUUUGAUGGACCCUCAUAGCAAAGUGGAGAAAAUCAAGCUGAAUAAUUGUAAGCUGCUUGAGAAAAGCUCAUCAGUUCUAGCUACAGUUCUUUCUUCCAAAACCAUCCUGAAAGAGCUGAACCUGAACAACAGUCGUCUGCUGGACUCCGGAGUCAGAGAGAGAUCUGUGAGGGACUGAAGAAUCCUGUGUGUGAGCUGGAGAUACUCAAGCUUUCAGACUGCAGUAUCAGUGAGGAAGGUUAUAAAGCUCUGGCUUCAGCUCUGAGAUCAAACCCUUCACACCUGAUAGAGCUGGAUCUCAGAGGAAAUGAUCCUGGACAAUCAGGAGUGAAGGAGCUCACUGAGUUACUGCAGGAUCCACACUCUACACUGAACACACUGAGGUUUUUGAGUCCUGCUGCUGAAGAAGCCUGUCAGUUUGUGACUGGAGUUGUGGGCAAAAAUCCAUUACUCCUGAAAGAACUGAAUCUGAGUGAUCGUCAACUAGGAAACAAAGAAAUGGUUCAGCUUGCUGCUCUACUGCAGGAUAAACACUGUAAACUCAUUAUACUUCAACUGCGUGGUUGUGGUCUAACAGAGGAAAGCUGUUCAGCUCUCGCUACUGUCUUGAAAUCAAACUCCAGUCUAAAAGAGCUUGACCUGAGCAACAAUAAUCUGCAGGAUUCAGGAGUGAAGAAACUCCAGAGCGGAUUAGAAAAUACAAACUGCACACUGGAGAAACUCAGUCUUUCAGACUGCAGUAUCAGUGAAGAAGGUUAUAAAGCUCUGGCUUCAGCUCUGAGAUCAAACCCUUCACACCUGAUAGAGCUGGAUCUCAGAGGAAAUGAUCCUGGACAAUCAGGAGUGAAGGAGCUCACUGACUUACUACAGGAUCCACACUGUACACUGAAAACAGUGAGGUUUUUGAGUCCUGCUGCAGAUGAAGUCUGUCAGUAUGUGACUCGGAUUGAGGGUAAAAACCCUUUAUUCCUGAAAGAACUUACUCUAAGUUUACAUGAACUAGGAGACACACGAGUGAAUCAGCUCACUGAUCUACUGCAGGAUAAACACUGUCAGAUUAGCACACUCACCCUUUGGAAUUGCAAAAUUACAGAGGAACAGUGUGUGAUCCUGACUUCAGCUCUGAAAUCAAACCCAUCACACCUGAGAGAACUGGAGCUCAGUGGGAAUGAAAUAAAAAACACAGGAGUGAGUCACUUAUGUGAAUUACUGAAGGAUUCACACUGUAAACUGGAAAAGUUGAGGUUAAGCUGCUGUGAGAUGACAGAUGAAGCUUGUUCUGCUGUAGCCUCGGCUCUGAAAUCAAACCCAUCACAUCUGAGAGAACUGGACCUCAGUGGGAACAAACUAGAAAACUCUGGAGUGAAAAACCUCAGUGAUUUACUGAUGUACCCGCAAUGCAAACUGGAAAUACUAAUCCUGUAUGAAUGCAGUAUCACAGAGGAACAGGGUGUGAUCCUGACUUCAGCAUUGAAAUCAAACCCAUCACACCUGAGAGAACUGAACCUCAGUGGAAAUGAAAUAAAAAACAUAGGAGUGAUUCACUUAUGUGAAGUAUUAAAGGAUUCACAGUGUAAACUGCAGACACUGAGGUUGAAAAAUUGUUCUCUGACAGAUGAAGGUUGUUCUGCUGUGACUUCAGCUCUGAAAUCAAACCCAUCACACCUGAGAGAACUGAACCUGAGUAUCAAUGAAAUAGGAGACUCUGGAGUGAAAAACCUCAGUGAUUUACUGAUGAACAAACAAUGCAAGCUGGAAAAACUACACCUGAAUAGAUGCAGAAUAACAGAGGAACAGGGUGUGAUCCUGACUUCAGCUCUGAAAUCAAACCCAUCACACCUGAGAGAACUGAACCUCAGUGAGAAUCAAGUAAGAAACACAGGACUGAAUCAUCUGUGUGACGUUCUGAGGAAUCCAGAAUGUGAGCUGGAGAUAUUAAGUCUGAUGUUCUGUGGCAUUACAGAUGUCUCUACUUUAACUGUGUCUCUGAUAAACGCAAAUGCACUGCACUUUCUUAAAGAGCUUGAUCUUACUCAUAAUAACAUUGGAGACUCAAUGGCAGAGCUCAGAAAUGUGCUACGAGGCUCAAACUGUAAACUGAAGUGAGUACAUUUCUCAUUGUUCUAUUUUACAAAUUUUAAAUAAAACAUUUGGUGUAACUCACAUUUAAACCCUCGUGAUUGUGUCUGUGAAUGGGUGAA